UGCUGCAUGUGCCUAAUGGCCCCUUUCUCUUUCAGGGCCUUUUUCUGGCUGGUCUCCUUGCUCCUAUCGUCGCUGGUCUGGUUCAUUGCUGUGAAAGCCAGUGACCCAGGAAACAAGCCGCUGCAGAAGGGCCUCCUGAUAUUUGGGGUCCUGUUCUCCGUGCUCCUCCAGGAGGCCUUCAGGUUUCUCUACUACAAGUUGCUGAGGAAGGCGAUCGAAGGGUUGGUGGCACUCAGCGAAGAUGGCUGCUCCCCCAUUUCCAUCCAGCAGAUGGCGUAUGUGGCUGGUCUGGGCUUCGGGCUCAUGAGCGGCGCCUUUUCCAUGAUCAACCUCCUGGCAGAUGCGCUGGGGCCAGGCACCGUGGGAAUCCAUGGAGACUCGCAGCUCUACUUCCUGACCUCGGCCUUCAUGACCAUGGUGGUGAUUUUCCUUCACACCUUCUGGGGAAUCCUCUUCUUCCAUGGCUGCGAGACCCAGCGCUGGUGGGAGAUGGCCGCCGUUGUCCUCACUCACCUCAUCGUGUCCGGAUCGACGUUCUGGAACCCCCUGUACGUUGGCAGCCUCAUCCCCUCCUACCUGCUGAUGUUCGCCAUGGCUGCAUGGGCCUACGUCCUCUCAGGAGGCUGCACCCGGAACCUGCUCCAGCGCCUACAGGGUCAGCAGAGCGAGACCAGUCCCCAGCCAGGAUCCUGAGAGCCCACCAGGCGCUCUCGCCUCAGCUGCUGUCUGCUGGCCCGGCCCUCCCUCUGGUGCUGUCGGCUGGGACCUACUGUUGCUUCUCUGCAGUCGGGGGUCCCUGGAUCGGUUCCUGCUGGAGACAGGUGUACGGGGACUUCUGUGGCCAGGGAGCAGCCAGCAGACUGCCGG